UAACCAAAAUAACACUUGAUUCAAUUUUAACCCUAGAUAUUUUAAGCAUCACUCUCUCUAUAUAUAACAACACUCUUAUUACAUAUUUCUCAUCAAACUCUUUUAUCAAACAAACAAAAUGUUAGAUAAACUUUGGGAUGAUAUUGUUGCUGGCCCUCAACCAGAACGUGGCCUUGAAAAGCUUAGAAAACUCACCACCACCCUCAAAGAUGAUGGAGCGAGUAAUCAAUUAAUGAGAAGCACGUCGAUUCCGACAACACCGACGACACCGGUGACUCCGACAACACCUUCAUCGGCGCGUAAAGUUGACAACGUUUGGAGGAGCGUGUUCAAUCCUGGGAGUAACUCUGCUACAAAGUCAAUUGGUGCUCAUGUUUUCGACAAACCACUCCCCAACACCCCCACUGUCUAUGAUUGGUACAUAAUCUCCUCUAUGAUUGGAUGUACAGUGGGGAUACGAGAAGCAAGCACCGUUGAUUAGUGAUCAAGUGGAUACCAACUCCCUUGGGUUUUGCAUGUAAAUAGUGUUCUGUUUUGUUCAUCUUCUGCCACGUGUCUACAUCACCGUUACGUGUUGAGAUCUGAUUGGUUGUUGCAGAGUGUUUUUUUUUUAUUUAAGCAUCUAAUCUGAAUCUGAAUGUAAAAUACUUAAUAAAUUGAAUUAGUAUGCUUUAAUGAGUUUGUAUUUAACUUUUA